AUGCUGGGCUCGGGCUGGGGGACACCGAGCGGGGACAGGGACACCAGCCCUGGGGGACACCAAGCGGGGACAGUGCCACCAACCGGGACACCGAGCGGGACAGGGACAGUGUCACCAACCCCGGGACACCGAGCGGCCCCUCCGCCGGCCACCGGCGUCACCGCGCGCGUCACCGCGGGCGGGGCCUCGCCAUGGCAACCGCGCUGCCACGGCCCGCCCCGCGCCGCCGGGACACCGCGCGGGACAGGGACAGGGCCACCGGCACGGGGACACGGCGCGGGGACAGUGCCACCAGCCCUGGGGGACACCGAGCGGGGACAGGGAGACCGGCACGGGGACACCGCACUGAGACAGUGCCAGUGCCACCAACCCCGGGGACACCGAGCGGGGACAGGGGCACCAACCCGGGACACCGAGCGGGGACAGGGACAGUGCCACCGGCACGGGACACCGCGCGGGGACAGGGAUAGUGCCACCAACCCGGGGACACCGCGCGGGGACAGGGACAGUGCCACCAACCCCGGGACACCGCGCGGGGACAGGGGCGGGGCCACCGGCACGGGGACACGGCGCGGGGACAGAGCCACCAACCCUGGAGGACACCACACUGGGACAGUGCCAUUGCCAGUGCCACCAAGCCCGAGACACCCGCACUGGGACAGUGCCAGUGCCACCAGCCCUGGGGGACACCGCGCUGGGCCAGUGCCACCAGCCCGGGACACCGCGCGGGGACAGGGGCGGGGCCACCGGCACGGGGACACGGCGCGGGGACAGAGCCACCAACCCUGGAGGACACCACACUGGGACAGUGCCAUUGCCAGUGCCACCAAGCCCGAGACACCCGCACUGGGACAGUGCCAGUGCCACCAGCCCUGGGGGACACCGCGCUGGGCCAGUGCCACCAGCCCCCGGGGGACACCCGCGGCACCGCGCUGGGACAGUGCCGGUGCCACUGGCACGGGGACACCGCAGCACCGGCGCUGGGAUAAUGCCACCAGCCCCAGGGGACACGCGCGCUGUGACACCGCCAGUGCCACCAGCCCCGGCGGUGGCAGCCGCGGGACCCGCGCUGUGUCCCCACGGCUCGGGAGCCACCGGAGCGAGCCCUCGGCGCUGGCAUCACCCAGUGCAGCGCCCUGGCAGGGGGAAUGUCACCGGGGCAGGUGGCACAGGGGAGUGGCCGGGGGGUUUGGGUGUCUCCAGCCCCUGGGCAGUGCUCACCCUCCAUGGGAAGUUCUGACAAGUUCAAAAAACUUGUUUGUUUGUUUUUUUUUUUAAUUUCUGGCCGUUGCUGCUCAUCCUGUCACACUUGUGAAAAGUUACUUUUGUUCCGAUGAGUGUUCAAGAUCCCUGCGCAGAAAUGAAAGCUUGUCCUUCACUGCUGAUGAGAUUCCUGCA